AUGAACUCAUUCGAUUUUGACUUUAUCGAGCUCCAGAACUGUCAUUCAAAACCUUUCGCGAUGGUUCCGAACGGACGGCCUGCCAUGAAAUCUCUGGGAAACCCGGUGCUACAAUUUGUACGUGGUAAGAGGACGAAAAGCAAGGGAACUUUGUCUCCAGCUUUGCAGCGAGCUGUGACCCAGCUGAGUGUCAUGUCGGCGGGCAGAAAGCAACCUAGGAUGCUCAAACUUUCACGGGAAGAUCUUGUCAAGCACCAAACGAUACAGAACUGCUGGGCCUUGUACCAGAAAGAGCUACGUGAAAAACGCAACACUCAGCUAAGGCUGCAGUACAAGAGUACCGAACAAGCAAUGCAGCUUCUCGAACAACUGGACCCAGAACUUUUCGAGGCCGCCAAUGCGUCUGAGGCCGGCAAAAGGUUUCCGCUUGAGUUGAAGGUGCCCACAGAAUUUCCUCCCAGCAAAAUAUGGCACUAUAAUUACAAGCCCAAGCAAGAAUGA